UGACGGACGCCCUUUAACAUUUAAGCGUCGACACAUAACACGAUACUUAUGUUAUGAAACAGACUGCUAUGAAAUGACGCUGGCAUGUCCCGCUCUCUUUUUGUUCUUCUCAAUGUCGUUCUCCUUGCCCUGAGAGCUGCCGCUUCCGACUACUAUGAACGACUGACCCUGACACCCCUUCCCCUUGGAUCUCUCCUCGCAUCUUUCGAUUUCCGCAGCAAUGACACCGCAACAGACUAUGAGUCGCAGAACUUCCGAUAUGUACCUCGCUCGUUGGGUCAAGCUUUGAGACAUGCGGAUACAGAGGAGUUGCAUCUGAGGUUCACAACAGGCAGAUGGGAGCCAGAUUCCUGGGGUUCUCGUCCGUGGGAUGGAACCAAAGAAGGCGGCACAGGCGUCGAAUUGUGGGCUUGGAUAAACGCAGAGACUGAAGAAGAGGCUUUUGAGAAAUGGAUGACAUUGACACAGUCUUUGUCUGGUUUGUUCUGCGCCUCUCUAAACUUCAUCGAUUCUACAAGAACAACACGGCCGGUACUGUCAUUCCAGUCGCAAGGGGCGUUCAAGACCCAAAGCAAUGGCGCUCACUUCCUCCAUGGUGUACUCCCUGGUGAGGUUGUCUGUACGGAGAAUCUGACUCCAUUCUUGAAACUGUUACCCUGCAAAGGAAAGGCCGGAAUCUCAAGUCUUCUCGAUGGACACAAAGUCUUCGAUGCAUCGUGGCAAAGCAUGUCCAUCGAUGUCCGACCAAAAUGUCCACCAGGCUCUACUGAUUGUCAGAUUGAGAUCAGCCAAACUAUCGACGUCGUUCUCGACAUUGAACGGUCUAAGAGACCCAGAGAUAACCCAAUCCCGCGCCCUAUACCGAUUGAAGAACUCGUCUGUGAUGAAACCAAACCGUACCAUUCGCAGGAUUCCUGCUACCCGAAGGAUAUGACGGAUGAGAUGGCCUGGUCUUUGAGUGAUGUAUUUGGACGUGUCAUGGCCGGAUCAUGUCCUUUGACAGAAGAAACAAUCCCCUCAGUGUGCAUGAACGUGCCCCAUGAACGCAUGGUUCAAGCGACCCCGGGAGUUAUCGAGCUGAAGUCUGGAUCUGGUCCAUUUGAGUCUCGAUGCUACGAGUUGGCGCCAAACGAAGCGUUCAAUCUUGAACUACUCCAGCAGAGCGUGGAUGUCAAGCCCGAUUUAGGUCACGAGCUGCUUCGCGCCGAACGGACGAUCACGGGUCAUGGUGCGGCUCGAGGCGGCAUGCGGACGAUAUUCACCAAUCCUUCGUCAACAGAGUCGGUUGAAUUUGUCUACUUUGAGAGCUUACCAUGGUUCAUGCGACCUUUCAUGCACACACUGCAAGCACAGAUCACCACCCCGGGCGCUGGAGCAGAAAGCGCAAUUAUCACAGACAUGUACUAUCGCCCAGCCAUUGACAGGAAAAGAGGAACCCAACUCGAGCUUGUCAUGUCCGUCCCACCUGCAAGCACGGUGAUGCUUACCUAUGAGUUCGAAAAGGCGAUACUUCGAUAUACCGAGUAUCCUCCUGAUGCAAACAGAGGCUUCAAUGUUGCACCGGCUGUGAUAAGAGUCUUGAACGAGGUUGACACCACCGGAGCUCCAAAGGACGUGUACAUUCGGACAACGAGUCUACUUCUGCCGCUGCCGACCCCUGAUUUCAGCAUGCCGUAUAACGUCAUCAUCUUGACAAGCACGGUCAUGGCUCUUGCUUUUGGAAGUAUUUACAAUCUGAUGGUCAGACGUUUCGUCGGCGCGGACGAGGUUGGCGACACCAAGAUUAGGGGACUGAUUAAGAAGAUCUCAGGUGCAGCUGCCGGCUUGAAGAGUAAAUUGACCGGAGACCACCAAAAAGUAGAAUAAGGGAUCAGAUAGAAAAUUAAAUCUUCUCCUGUGCCGCUUUG